AUGCGAACCUUCAUUUUCUUGGGUAUCACGGCCCUCUACUCCAUACAAGUCUUCGCUGGCGACAGCGAGUGGCUGAGUCCUGAGUACAAGCAAAUCUUCCAAAACCCUCUACCCUUUCCUAAAAACAAGUCACCACUUUACACCUAUACCAACGCGACCACGGGUAACUCCAUCGAUUACUAUGAGAUCGAUGUCCAGCCAUUCGAACAGCAGGUCUACCCUGGCUUAAAGCCUGCCAAACUGGUUGGCUAUGACGGCACGUCUCCCGGUCCCACCUUCCGCAUGGAGAAGGGAAGAGAGGCGGUUGUACGGUUCAAGAAUCACGGUAGCAUGGAUCUCUCGGUCCAUCUCCACGGUUCCUACAGUCGAGCACCUUUCGAUGGUUGGGCUGAGGAUGUGACCAAACCCGGGCAGUACAAAGACUACUACUACCCUAAUCACCAGAGCGCUCGAACUCUAUGGUAUCACGACCAUGCUGUUCACCACACUGCGGAGAACGCCUACUUUGGCCAGGCUGGCUUCUACAUUUUACACGACCCUGCUGAAGAUUCUUUGGGCCUUCCUUCCGGUCCGCAAUAUGAUCUGCCUCUUGCACUGUCUUCCAAACAAUACAACAAGGAUGGAACCCUCUUUGAUCCCAAAGACGAAACAACUUCACUCUACGGCGAUGUCAUUCAUGUCAAUGGCCAGCCAUGGCCCUUCCAUAAGGUCGAACCUCGCAAGUACCGUCUGCGAUUCCUUGACGCUUCUAUCAGUCGAGCUUUCAAACUCACAUUCGAGGCUGAUGGCAAAACUAUUCCCUUCCAUGUUAUCGGUGCCGAUACUGGUCUCUUAACCAAGCCUGUACAAACCCGCAACCUUGAGAUCUCUAUGGCUGAGCGCUGGGAAGUCGUCUUUGACUUCAGCCAAUACGCCGGAAAGAAUGUCACUCUCAAGAACGGUCGCGAUGUUCAGCACGACGAGGACUACGCUGCUACGGAUAAGGUCAUGCAAUUUGUCGUCGGCAAGGGUGUCUCGAGUCAGGCAGGCAACGGCAAUCUUCCUUCUUCGCUACGCAACGUUCCCUUUCCUCCUAGGAAAGGUGGAGUUGAUAGAAGCUUCAAGUUUGGUAGGACUGGCGGGCAAUGGACUGUCAACGGUGUCACUUUCGCUGAUGUCAACAACCGCAUCCUGGCUAAGCCCCAACGCGGCGCGAUCGAGGUUUGGGAGCUCGAGAACUCUAGCGGCGGCUGGUCUCACCCAGUUCACAUUCAUCUUGUCGACUUCCAGAUCCUAUCUCGCACUGGCGGAAGGCGCCCCGUCCUCGAUUACGAGAAGGAAGCAUUGAAGGACGUUGUGCUCCUUGGCGAGAACGAAAAGGUCACAGUCAUUGCGCGUUACGCCCCCUACGAUGGUGUUUACAUGUUCCACUGUCACAAUCUCAUCCACGAGGAUCACGAUAUGAUGGCUGCCUUCAACGUGUCCAGCCUUGGCGACUGGGGCUACCCUGAGACUACCAAAUUUAUCGAUCCAAUGGAAGAGAAAUAUCGCAGCAAGGCUAUCACCUCUAAUGAUGACCAAAAGGCAUCCAUCAUGGACAAGAUGUCAAAGUUCGAAGCCAUGGAGGCCUACAGCAAUGUUGAAAAACUCGAGAAGGCGCUCGAAGACUACCAAAUCAACGGUCCCCCCAAGACGACCCUGUCUAAAACCACCGUCAAGUCGUCGACAUCACCAUCUGUUGCCUCUUUGACACCUGCAGUGUCGGCAAUAAAGCAGGCUCCGAUCACGACAAUCACGUCAGCAGCGAAGAUGACAAGCAGCACUAAGAACGAUAAUAACACAAAGGCGAAGACCACGUCCAAGAAGAAGUAA